UCCCAGACUGGCACACCCACCCCACCGUCACACACUGUGUGUGGGAGAGUCAUUUGGGCCUUGUGGGCUUCCUGGUCCUCGGCUCCGCCUCGCCUCGAUCUGACCGGACAGCGAAAAAAACACUUCACAGUUACAAGAACAAAAGCAACAACGGAUGGACCGAGGGAGGACGAAGUAACGGCGGACUCAAAUCCACACCUGAACCUCACGGAUUGAGAGAUUUGUGCGCUCAAUACGGGACUUAAAAAAGCCGGACGACUGAACUCCUGCGUAAAAAAAAGGCGACUAAACUUGGUCGCCUCGCAUCUUUGUAUCCCCACAGUAAUCCGUCGAGGUGCUUGAUAAAUAAGACAAGGGUCAAACCGACAGACGGACGGUAUUGUUUCCCCUGAUCUCCCUCUAAACUUCGGCUAUAAAACAAGGCGCAGUGGCGGAAGGUGGAAACUCCUUUUGUUCGCUUUUACGCGCAGACGGACCUCGGAGGGAUAACUGGGUUAUUUCGGCAUUUUCGGGUUUCUCUCUCGGCUCUUUUGUGAAGAGGCUACACUCAUCUAUCGGGACUGAGAACUUGGGACUGGAACAAAGCCUGACUGGGACGGGGUGAAAGAGCCUAUUUUGAUAUCCCAGAUGGCAACCUACAGUGAACAUAAUGGCAGAAAUGGACUACUUAUGGGCGUGAAGGGGCACUUUGAAGUAACAAAGACAGAAUGUGAAGGAAAACUUGAAGCUAAACGCUCCUCCAAGGAUUUGCGCCACUCAGCAAGCUCAGCUGACAGCAACGUGAGUGGCGCGGCUAGUUUCACCACUAACCACAACAACGUUGUGUGCCUGCCUCUGGUGUCAGAGGGACUGAAGUUGGUGUGGACACAGUCAGAUCAGACCCGUGAACUUGACACAAUCUCAGAGCUGGUCCAAGCCUUUAACUUAUUUCCAUACCCGUCGUCUCGUGAGGUUAGCACCCUGGCCCGGGUAUGUGCCUUGCCACUGGACAAAGUUAAGGUGUGGUUUAUGGUGCAGAGGAUUAAAUAUGGCAUCAGCUGGUCAUCGGAGGAGAUAGAGGAGACACGGCGAAAGCUGGCAGUGCCUGAGAUCUGUGAUGAAUCUACUGAAAAGAAUGAUGAAGUCGAAAUUAAGAGCAAAAGUUGUGAGGAAUUGGUAAUUGAGGAUACGGACAGCAAUGAAGUAGAGGGUGCUCUCUCUAGCCCCCAGAAGAAGAAACCAAAGUGUGAGUCACCAGAUUCCUAUAAACCAGCCAAACCCGCUGCCCCAUGUUUCAGCUCCACCCUCCCACCCCCUCAGGAUUCAUACUUCUACCGCCCACCAGCGGACACGCCGGCGGACAAGCCAGCAAGUACAGCAGCCGACGUCUCCCUCGACCUUUCAGAGUCAUCCUCACGACAGCACCGUCAUGGGCGCUACAAAAAGUCUAAACCUCAGCUCGCUGCCCUUCGAAAGAGCUUUCUGAGAGAGAACUGGCCAGCGGAGGCGGAGCUUAGACGUCUGCAGGAAGAAACGGGGCUGAGCCGCAACGACAUUCGCAAAUGGUUCAGUGACAGCCGGUACCAGCUUAGGGUUGGCCGAGGAAGCCUUGCUGCGGCCCAGAACUACUCUCAAAACACUGGAGGUAAACAUGAUCAACAAAUUCAACCUCUCCCACUUAUUACACAAAAGACUAGUGAGCUAAACGGGGUAAAGGUCCAGGAGGGAGCCCGUGGCAACGGGAUUAGAAACUCACAUUUCUUUCAGACCUUUCUGACGAACAGCCUGGAGGCAUUUGGGGAAAGGGUCCUUGAGGCAGAAGGGUAUGAGGUUAUGGAGGAGCUUUCUGGUGAUGGAGACAGUUUGAAGGACGAGGAACAAAGUGAAGAGCUACCCUUACAACUGACAAAGACCUACAAGAUUGAGCCAAAUGUUCCACAGGAACCAUCGGGUACCUUAAAGUCCUCUCCCUACUCUUCCCCCUCUGGCAGCCCACCACUGACUGCCUCGCCUAUUAAACCGCUUUCAAACAGCAUCAGCACAUCAAAGAAGUCAGCCCACUCAGCCAAAGCCAGUCCCUCACGAACACCCUUGCGCGUCCCAAAGGGUAACUCGUCCGCGUCCACAUCCCCUGCCCUCACUCCAGCUGGGCGACCAAGAAAGACCAAGGAGCAAUUGGAUGUGUUAAAGCAGAACUUCUUACGCUGCCAGUGGCCCAAGAGUGAAGAUUACACUGAACUUGUUAAGCUUACAGGUUUACCCCGGGCAGAUGUUAUUCAGUGGUUUGGGGACACACGGUAUGCCGUUAAAAAUGGCCAGCUGCGCUGGGUGAAGGGGGUCCGCGACCAGUUCUUGGCAGAACUUGCAGCCCAGCAGAGUAGCAGUGGUUUGACUAAUGGAAGUGGCUCUGGGACAUCUACUCGGGCCGGGGGUAGCCGCAAACGAAGAUCUCAAGCAAAUGCAACAACUGCAGAUUCCCCCGAUAUCCAACCACUGAUGGCAUAUCACCUUUCAACCGGCUCACUACAUGAAAAAGACCUUGACUCUCUAUGCAAGAAAUCCAGAAUGAGCUACCAGCAAGUGCGGGAUUGGUUUGCAGCUCAGGAUGUUGGGGAGACUGAACAAAACCUGAUUAUUGCCGAAUAACACCCUGGAACCAGACUUAAGAACAUUUCUGAAAGUUGGUUGGGUGCUCCUCACAUCCUUUGCACCAGCGAGCAUAGUUAUUACUUUGGUUUAAAUUGCUUUAAUUCGGCAGGUUUGUAACAUCCGGUCUUCCCAGUACAAGCCCAAAGUGAGGUUUGAGUUUUUAUAUAUGCUGCGUUUCCUGCUUAUCCUAAUAUAUUUUGGACUUGAAGUAUAAUUGUGCUGCCCGUGUUGCUGUAAAUAGGACAGUAACUUGUACACUGGUUUGCUUUAUUUUUAUGUUUUUUUGAGCUUAUUAUUUUUGUUUAGAUAUCACUACUACAGAAUAUUUAGUAUGCUAUUGUAGCAGUAUAAUUUAAACUGGUUGUACUUUUGGUACCUGACUAAAGCAGAUGAGUAACUGCUCCGGAAAAGUGUCUCUGUUGAUGAAUUUCUUUAGACUGAUCACUGUGUGUAAUCAUUCCUUUACAGCCAAUAAUUCCUUGUCAUGAAAAGCACACUGGACAUGUACACUUUAAAUUGACAUCUUGCACUUUGGUUUUAGAGCCUGCUGUCAUUUCCAAUAAAUCCAAUUAUUUCACAAAAUAUGAGUUCCUAACUAAACCAUGUCAUAUCGAUCCCUUAACACUGAAACCUUUUAUCAUAUUUUGAAAACAGCAUGGUCCAUCUAAUUCUACUAAUGUCUUUACAGCAUAUUUCUGAGACACAUUCCCCGAUUCUCCUUUAGACGCUCUGCUGUAAUACUUGAUGUACUAUUUGUAUACUUUGUCAUUUGCAUUUAACUGCACAUUUUUUAACAGUAAAGGAUAACCGUACUAAGAAAGCAGCAAUCGCAUGAACAUCUUGCAGAUGUCAGAAUUGCGAACUUCAAUUCUGAUUUGCACUCAUUAAUUCAGUCAGUAUUUUUAUAUCUAAUUUUGUCUUAAUAGCUGUAGGGUGUGACUUGAUGGUUUAUAAUCUAGACAAACUAGAUGAAAUAACGGAUGGGAGUCCACGUACUGUAUAAGUAGCAAAGGGUUUGAAUCCAAAGAAGAAAUACCUUUCUGUUAACUCAGAUUAUGAAUUAUAACACAAGCAUUAUACAUUCAGGUUAUCAGUUCUCCACACUUGAAAGUACUUCUUAGACUACAGGGGUAAAGUGGGCUUUCAAUGGAGUCAGAGUUUAGUUCAUUAGAAGCGUCUGGAUAAAGUUUAGAUGACCAGAAUAUUGAUGAAGCAGUGUCCAUCACUGUGUUUUGUUAUUCUAUUAGUAAUCAAACGUUAAUGCAAGUGUCAUGCUGUGGAGGAAAAUGUCCAUAACGCUUAGUGUCUUCCUUCGCAUUUUGUCUUCCAUGUAUUUUCUCCUGUUAGAAAAAUUUCUCAUUUGCACAAUUGUGUCACUGGAAACCAGUAAAGGAUUUGCCUUUCUAA